AGGAUCUGUUGUUAUGUACCCGGUCUGCUGAGGACUGGCUCAGGAUCUGUUGUUAUGUUCCCGGUCUGCUGAGGACUGACUCAGGAUCUGUUGUUAUGUACCCGGUCUGCUGAGGACUGGCUCAGGAUCUGUUGUUAUGUACCCGGUCUGCUGAGGACUGGCUCAGGAUCUGUUGUUAUGUACCCGGUCUGCUGAGGACUGGCUCAGGAUCUGUUGUUAUGUUCCCGGUCUGCUGAGGACUGACUCAGGAUCUGUUGUUAUGUACCCGGUCUGCUGAGGACUGACUCAGGAUCUGUUGUUAUGUACCCGGUCUGCUGAGGACUGGCUCGGUCUCUGACCUCUCCUCUCCCUCCUCCAGACCGUACCUGGUGAACCUCCUCCCCUGUCUGACCAGGAUCACGAAGAGACAGGAGGAGACUGUCCAGGAGACUCUGUCGGCUGCCGUGCCUAAGAUCAUGACUGCUCUGGGACACUUCGCUAACGACGGAGAGGUUAAGGUGUUGUUGAAGUCGUUUGUGGCCAACCUGAAGUCCACCUCUCCUACGAUCCGUCGGACGGCCGCCAGCUCAGUGGCGAGUGUUUGUCAACAGUCGAGACGGGCCUCCUACUUCUACACCUGGCUGCUCAACGUCCUGCUGGGUCUGUUGGUCCCUGUCGAUGAGGAACAUCCUAACCACCUGGUCCUGGGGGUGUUGUUCCAGGUCUUACCUGAUGCCUCAACUACAGCAACAGGACAGGACCACCAGCCUGAAAGGAAGCUUUGGAGUCAUGAGGAAGGAGGCAGACUUACAGCCCACGCCUGAACAGCUACUGCAAGUCUAUGAGUUGACUCUCCACUACAGCCAGCAUGGCGACCACAACGUGGUGACGGCCUCUCUGGAACUGAUGCAGCAGAUGUUCCGGACUCCUCCCCCGGAGCUACUGCACAUGCUCAUUACGCCCGGCAGCGUUCCGCACGCCAGCGUGUUCCGACGGGACGUGGAGAGACGCGCCCACUCCGGCAGCAUCCUGGAGUUCAUUGCCGGGGGCGGGUCUUCCUGUAAUAGUCCACUCCUCCUCAGAAAACAGAAAGGCAAGAUGCUGUCGGGGGAGGAGGAGGGGUUGGAGGACGACCCUGAGAGGGCAGAGGUCACCACCGGGGCCUUUACAGCCUCUGUCGCGGGCGCCGACGCCACCGCCCAGGUGGUCGACAUCAUUACCCAGCAGCCCCGCUCCUCACAGCAUGCUCUGCAGCCCGGCGACUCCGUGGACCUCGGUGGCGCCUCCUCGGAACAAGGAACGACUGCCCUCGGGACGUCUGGCGGCGAGGGAGGGGCGGGGACUCCCGAGUCGCCCAAUGACAACGCAGAGGACGAGGACAUGCUCAGCCACAGCUCCAGCGGGGCUAACGUUACUCCGGAAACGGCCGACUACGCCACACCGGAGAGCACGGAGAUGCCCGACGGGCCCCUGCUGGACCCCCUGGGAGACCCCUCGCUGCCCCCGAGCGCCGACUCGUCGCAGACCACCACAGAGGGGCCGGACUCGGCCGUCACGCCUUCAGACGUUGCUGAACUCGUGUUGGACACCAGUGAGAGUCUGUAUUCAGGGAUGCAGAUUGGAACUUUACAGGAUGAGGAAGAAGAGGGAGCCGUACCUUCAUCACACCCUGAACCCUUCUCCCAGUCCGCACUGGCUCUGAGUAGACCCCACCUCCUAGAGGGCAGAGGUCACAACAGACAGGCGUCAGACAGCAGUGUGGAUCACUUCAUACCAAAGGAGGAACCAGUGGAGACCACAGAGCAGGAGAACAAGCCAUCGAGGAUAAAGGGUCCGAUUGGCCACUAUACAGACCAAGGGGCGGAGCCUCUGGUUCACUGUGUACGACUCCUCUCUGCCUCCUUCCUGCUGACUGGACAGAAGAAUGGGCUGGUCUCUGAUAAAGAGGUCCGUGUCAGUGUGAAGGUUCUAGCAGUCAGCUGUAUCGGAGCAGCAGCCGCCCUUCAUCCUGAAGUCUUCUUCAACUCUCUGUACCUGGAACCACUGGAUGGAGUGACACAGCAGGAGCAGCAGUAUAUCAGUGAUGUGUUGUGUCUGGUUGCUCAUGGAGACCCUCAGGUCAGAGGUGCUGCAGGGGUGUUGUGUGGCGCCGUUAUCCACUCUGCUCUCACCAAGACACGUUACAACAUACACGCCUGGAUGACCAGCGUACACACCUCUACAGGUAACCCAUUGUCCCUGGUGGAUCUAGUUCCUGUACUACAGAACACUCUAAAGGACGAGUCCUCUGUCACCUGUAAGAUGGCCUGCUCUGCAGUCAGGCAUUGCAUCAUGACUCUUUGUAGCAGCACUCUGAGUGAGUUGGGUCUGCAUCUCCUGGUUGACCUGCUGACCUUAAAGGACUGUUCCUAUUGGCUGGUCAGGACGGAACUCCUGGACACUCUGGCAGAGAUAGAUUUCGGUAAGAGUUCCAGAAUCUGCCUCCAAACGUUCCAGAAUGGGACUACAGAUUCCAGACCUGAUCCUAGAUCAGAACUCCUACUCUGGUCAUCUUUAUGAAUACUGGACCUGAUCCUAGAUCAGA